AUGGAGGAAAAUAAUGAUUACAUGUUCUCUGGAUACGGGUAUGAUUCACUUUUUACCGAAGAAGGCGGCCUGUUGAAUGAGGUUAACUAUACUAGUGUGAUAAAUGCUUAUUGUGCUGAUGGUGAACUGGUUAAAGCUGAUAAAUUGCUUGAUGAAUUGACAAACUUUGGUGAUGUGCAAGAGCCUGUUAUCUAUGGUGUGUUUAUUAAUGGACUUGAUAAGAAAGCUAGGACAAGAGAAGCUAAGGAGAUGCUUCUGAGCUUGGUUUAUCAUAACUGUAGGGAUCCUUGGUCAACUUUAAUAUUUGUUACUCUGAUAGAGAACUGCACUAAUAAUGAAUUUAUGAGUUUGGUAGAGCUUGUCAAAGGUUUCCAGAAGAGGGAUUUAGUGAAUGAAGCAGCCAGUGUUUUAAACACAAUGCUUCAGGGGAAUUAUAAGCCAGAUGGAGCAGUUUAUAAUUUAUUAAUUGUUGAACAUUGUAGUCUUCGUAAUGUUGAUAAGGCGUAUAAUAUGUACAUGGAGAUGGUUCAUUAUGGUUUUGCUCCUCAUAUGUUCUCUGUACUUGCUCUUAUUAAGACUCUAUAUUAUGAUGAAAGGUUCAAUGAGAUGAGUUGGGUAAUUGAAAAUACAUUGAGGAGCUGUAAUCUCAAUGAUUCUGAGCUACAUCAAGUACUUAAUGAAAUUGGUGUCAGGAAAGGUAAAUUUAAAGUAGAUGCUCUUUUGAAUGUGCUAGCUGAAAUGGCCAUGGAUGGAAAGUGUUCAUAUGCUCCAGCAAAUGCCUAA